AUGGCUGGGCAUAUUUUCUUAUUAUGUUCAAAUGGACAAAAAUUGGAAGACAAUAGCAUGAAAGUUGCUGAAGGUGUUUAUGCCAGUAGAUGGGAAACUUUCCAGAGCAUAAAAGUUAAGAAACAUAUUUUGUUCAUCAUGAUGAAAUCACAACGUGCUAAACGAUUGACUGCUUUGAACUUUGCUGAUGUUUCUCUUUCAAGCUUUGCUCAUAUUUUAGCAACCACCUGGUCUUACUUUAAUCUUCUGAAACGUGUUUCUAAUGGCACUUAA